AUGUGCGAACUAUUUGAUAACAAGAAAGCAUGCGGAAACGCUCUGUCACAAUAGAUGGGGCGGGACUUGAAGCGAAACUCCAGGUUCCAAAAUGGCAGCGUCCAUGGAGCUAAGCUUGAACAAUUUACCCUCCGAUCCUUUGCUGUUAAUGUUAUCCUUUCUUGACUUUAGAGAUUUGAUCAGUUGCAGUUUUGUGAGUAGACGACUCAACGAGCUUUCCGGUCACAACCCAUUAUGGAAAGGCCUCUGUUUGAAACAUUGGCUCUUAACUGAGUCAGACAAAAUUCAGAAGGUUCAAACCUGGAAGGAACUCUUCCGAGAGUUCUAUACUGACUUGGGUCGUUACAUUGAUCACUAUGGCACCCUGAAGAAAGCCUGGGAUGACCUGAAGAGAUACCUUGACCAGCAGUGCCCCAGGAUGAUUGCCUCUCUCAAAGAGGGAGCAAAGGAGGAAGAGCUGGAUGGCAUUGAGGCCCAGAUUUGUUGUAAGCUUUCAAAUGACUAUCGGUGCUCAUACCGGAUACACAAUGGGCAGAAGCUGGUCGUUCCUGGGUUAAUGGGAAGCAUGGCCCUGUCUAACCACUACCGCUCAGAGGACCUGCUGGAUAUUGAAACGGCAGCAGGUGGCUUUCAGCAGCGCAAGGGCAUGAGGCAGUGUUUGCCCCUCACCUUCUGCUUCCACACAGGCCUCAGCCAAUACAUGGCCCUUGAGGGCACUGAGGGCCGCAGCCACAGCGAGAUCUUCUACCACUGCCCGGAUCAAAUGGCACAAGAUCCAUCUGCAAUUGACAUGUUCAUCACAGGGUCCAGCUUUACUGAGUGGUUUACCUCAUACGUCCAUAAUGUGGUAACAGGAGAAUACCCCAUCAUCCGGGAUCAGAUCUUCAGGUACGUCCAUGAUAAGCAGUGUGUUGCCACCACUGGGGAUAUUACUGUUUCAGUGUCUACCUCUUUCUUACCGGAGCUUAGCUCCGUGCAUCCUCCACAUUUCUUCUUCACCUAUCGGAUCAGGAUUGAAAUGGCAAAGGAUGCCCUCCCUGAGAAUGCUUGCCAACUGGACAGUCGUUAUUGGAAGAUCACCAAUGCUAAUGGCAACGUGGAGGAGGUCCGUGGGCCAGGCGUUGUUGGAGAGUUCCCGGUGAUGACUCCGGGUAAAGUACAUGAGUACGCCAGCUGCACUACCUUCUCUACUACCUCAGAGUACAUGGAAGGCCACUACACCUUCCACCGCCUCAAGAACAAAGAGGAGAUCUUCGACGUCUGCAUCCCCCGCUUUCACAUGGUUUGCCCUCCGUUCCGUGAGUCAAUUGUACGGUCGCAGGGAUCGGCAAGGGAUGUUUCAAGUGCAUCUUUUAACGAAGACAACUCGUCAGACACCGAUGACCAUAAUGAGGGUGAGCUUCGUGGCAUUAAUAUGGCAGCCCCAGGGGGACGAUGCCCACGCCACAUCUGAUACACUUUUCUCACCACAGGACUCAAUUAGGAAAGGGGCUAGGAAGGACUUUCACAAUUACAUAAGAGUCAAUUUUGUUUUUGUUUGUAAAGCUGUAUUUACCAUUGGCUGAUAGUCAUUGCCCUGUGUGAACCUUUCCACCCCAGCUCGAUGAGAUACUACCACAGCCUCUGCAAUAUGCCCUCCCAUGUAAAUCCAAGAUCGCUCCAUUGUUUGUUUUCUUUUUUUUCAACAAUGGAGCGAUCUGGAACUGGACAUUGUCUAUUGAGAGCAGGGUUGUCACCUCUUUUUCAAUAGUAACAUUGUUCAUUCUCUAGCUGGCUGCCUAGUGUAUAGAGCUAAUGUGUAGAUUGGUGCUCUAUCUAAAUCCUGAGUAUUCCCUUUUUUCCUUGGCGUAUGUAGUGUGUGUAGUCAUAUUCCUUGUAUAAAAAGCCACAGCAUCUCUACAGGUCCACUGUGGAUGUAUUGUCAAUGCAUCAUCAAAAAUUGCUUAUUUUUACAUUGCAGCUGUUUCUGCAGCAGUGUAAAACAUGUGUAACUAUGAUGAUCUUAAUCAGAGAUGGUCACUGCCAGUGGUUUUCAAACCAACAAAAAAAACAAGGAAUUAUAUGGAAACACACAACUCAUAAAAGCUGGGAUGUUUGCAUAUGCUAACAACAAUGACAAAGAGAAGCCCACAUCAAAGCUGUUGUGCUACAUUGGAUGCUGUCUGAAUAUCUAAUCGAUAUUCAGGAACAUGUUAAUGUGGGCUUGACUCUGUCAUGCAUUAUCUCUGUCAUGCAUUAAUGCAUAUCAUAUUUUAUUAAUUGCAAUGUGAUUAUGACUAUGAUCCUUUGAAAGUCUGCAGAAACAAACAACUGUUUAGUAAAGCAGCCAAUCAGUGUGCAGUUUCUCAUAGAAAUCUGAAUGUUUGAACAAUGAGCUACAGCAUCACACCCCUCUGUAUUUAUUUGGACAGUGAAGCUACAAUUAGUAAAUUUGGUUCUACUCCAGCAUUUUCAAUUUGACAUAAAGUGUUUUAUAUGAGGCGACAGUACAGAAUGUCACCUUUUAUUUGAGAAUAUUUCUAUACAUAUCUGUUUUGCUGUUUACAAAUGAAUGCACUUUAUGUACAGUGCCUUCAGAAAAUACUCCCACCCAUUUACUUUUUCCACAUUUUGUGUUACAGCUUGAAUUUUAAAAUGGAAUAAUUUGAGAUUUUGUGUCCCUGGCCUACACGUAAUACCACAAUGUCAAAGUUGAAUUAUGUUUUUAGAAAUGUUUACAAGUUAAUUAAAAAUGAAAAGCUGAAAUGUCUUGAGUCAAUAAGUAUUCAACCCCUUUGUUAUGGCAAGACUAAAUAGGUUCAGGAGUAAAUUUGUAAGUGAUUUGCUUAACAAGUCACAUAAGUUGCAUGGACUCACUCUGUGCAAUAAUAGUGUUUAACAUGAUUUUUGAAUAACUACCUCAUCUCUGUACCCCACACAUACAAUUAUUUGUAAGGUCCCUCGGUUGAGCAGUGAAAGUCACACAGAAUCAACCACAAAGACCAGGGAGGUUUUCCAAUGCCUCGCAAAGAAGGGCACCUGUUGGGUAAACAUUUUUAAAAAGCAGAUGUUUAAUAUCCCUUUGAGCAUGGUCAAGUUAUUCAUUACACUUUGGAUAGUGUAUCAAUACAUCCAGUCACUAGAAAUAUACAGGUGUCCUUCCUUACUCAGUUGCCGGAGAGGAAGGAAACCGCUCUGGGAUUACACCAUUAGGCCAAUGGUGACUUUAAAACAGUUAGAGUUUAAUGGCUGCAAUAGGAGAACACUAAGGAUGGAUCAACAAGAUAGUAUACUGAACAAAAAUAUAAACCCAACAUGCAACAAUUUAAGCAAUUGUACUGCGUUAUAGUUCUUAUAAGGAAAUCUCAUUAGGCCCUAAUCUAUGGGUUUCACAUGACUGGGCAGGGGCGCAGCAAUGGGUGGGCCUGGGAGGGCAUAAAUCCACCCACUGGGUAGCCAGGCCCAGCCAAUCAGUAUUAGUUUUUCCCCACAAAGGGGCUUUAUUACAGACCGAUCUGCGGUUGUGAGACCGGUUGGACGUACUGCCAAAUUCUCAAAAAUUAUGGUAAUUUAUCUGGCAAAAGCUCUAGUGGAUAUUCUUGCAGUCAGUAUGACAAUGGCUCGCUCCCUCAAAACUUCUGUGUUGUGUGACAAAACUGCACAUUUUAGAGUGGCCUUUUAUUGUCCCCAACACAAGGUGCCCCUGUGUAAUGAUCAUAUUGUUUGAUCAGCUUCUUGAUAUGCUACACCUGUCAGGUGGCUGGAUUAUCUUGGAGGAGAAAUGCUCACUAAAAGGGAUGUAAACAAAUUUGUGCACACAUUUCAAGAGAAACUUUUUGUGCGUAUGGAACAUUUCUGGGAUAUUUUAUUUCGGCUCAUGAAACAUGGGGCCAAGUCUUUACAUUCUGCGUUUUUAUUUUUGUUCAGUAUAGUUACUCCACAAUACUAACCUAAUUGACAGAGUGAAAAGAAGGAAGCUUGCACAGAAUAACACAUAUUCCAAAACAUGCAUCCUGUUUGCAAUAAGGCACUAAAGUAAAUCUGCAAAAAAUGUGACAAAGAAAUUAACUUUGUCCUGAAUACAAAGAGUUAUGUUUGGGGCAAACACAUCACUGUGUACCACUCUUAUAUUUUCAAGUAGGUGGUGGCUGCAUCAUGUUUUGGGUGUGCUUGUCAUCGGCAAGGACUAGGGAGUUUUUUUUAGGAUAAAAAGAAACGGCAUAGAGCUAAGCACAAGCAAAAUCCUAGAGGAAAACCUGGUUCAGUCUGCUUUCCAACAGACACUGAGAGACAAAUUCACCUUUCAACAGGACAAUAACCUAAAAUACAAGGCCAAAUCUACACUGGAGUUGGUUACCAAGAUGACAUUGAAUGUUCCUGAGUGGCCUAGUUACUGCUUUGACUUAAAUAGCCUUGAAAAUCUAUGGCAAGACUUGGAAAUGGCAAUGUCUAGCAAUGAUCAACAACCAAUUUGACACUGCAAAAAUAAUGUGCAAAUAUUGUACAAUCCAGGUGUGCAAAGCUUAGAGACUUACCCAGAAAGACUCACAGCUGUAAUCACUCCCAAAGGUGAUUUUAACAUUCACACGACUCAGGGGUGUGAAUACUUAUGUUAAUGGUUUUUAUUUUCAAUACAUUUGCAAAAAUAUCUAAAAACAUGUUUUCACUUUCUCAUUAUGGGUUAUUGUGUGAUAUUUAAUCUAUUUUGAUUUCAGGCUGUAACACAACAAAAUGUGGAAUAAGUCAAGGGGUAUGAAUACUUUCUGAAUGCAUUGUAUCUAGUCUCAUUUGUUUUUUCCUCAAGUCUUUGGACAAAUUCAAAGAAUUUACAGAAGAACAAGAGAAAGUGUAAAUUACAGAGCAACAAAGAUCAUACCCCCGCAAAAUGCUCCCCUCUCACAAUUACCAUAAACAGAGGCGGUUCUCAUUUUUCCUGGGGUAUGAUCUUUGUUAUUCUGUAACUUUCACAGUCUUCAUUAUUCAAUAUUCGUUCAUGAUUAUCCAUAAGCAUGGUAGCAUCCACAUUAACAUCUAUUCUUAUUUACAAUAAAAGUCACUCUAAAAUAACACUACAUUAUUCACUGUUCAGUUCCUAUUGGGUGAAACAUAAACUGAAACACAACCAAAACAAACUGCACAUACAUCCAACAAGUAUGUAGUCACAAGCUUGAUGUAUUCAUUGCAUGCUAGGAAUAUGGGACCAAAUACUAAACUAUUGACUACUUUAAUAGAAUAGAAUAUACCUAAAGUUCUUUCAUUACUAAACGGUAAAACAGAUAUGUUUGAAAAUACCCUAAAAUAAAAGGAGAUAGAUAUUAUGUGCUGUCGCCUCAUAUGAAACAUUUUAUCUCAAAUUUAAAAAAUGCUGGAGUAUAGAGCCACAUUUAAAAGAAAUGUUGCUUGACUGUCCAAGUAAAAUACAUCGGAAAGUGUAUAUUGUCUGGUUUAUAUUGCUUUCUGGUGCAAUUUCAGGUCAUUAGAGGGACAUUAUCUCAGCUUUGAGCACACGUGUAUCACUCAUCUCAGCACGUACUUAACUGGACAUGAAAAUACCCUGGCUGAGCUGAGCAAAUUCAGUUUUUCCAAGGAGAUGUUUUAGCUUUGACAUUGUUGCCAGGAAGAUGUGUGCUGUUAUGUAUUAUUUGAAAAUAAUUUCCUCUAAAUAUGGAAUUAAGGCGUUUGCCUUCUGUUCUUCUUGUCUAUGAAUGGCAAGACAUAUUUUGUGGGUAAUAACUGACUGUUUUAAUCCUGUUUUCCCCUUGUACUUAGCAAAGCUGUGCAAUAGUGUCUGGCUAUUCUCUAUGAUAAUUUCAAACCUCAUUUGAUUUGCAUUUAGGUAUUUGUUCAGUAUCACUGUUUUUUACUUCAUAAAAGUGUGUUUUUGUUUUUCUAUGUUUGGGGUAAAUAAACACUAAAUGCUGAAUUUGUAA